AUGGCACUAAAAUGUCCCUUGAAUCGUCGUGGUGAUUCUAGGACACACGAAGUUCGUCGGGAAUAUUCACGACCACCUUUUACCUGCAAGGUGUGCAAAGAAGCGACCACGCAAACUUCGGAUUCGUACAAAUGUUACACUUGCGAGAAAGAGAUCCACCUUGGUUGUCUCAGAUUUAAACGUGCGAUUGAAAACCACCCUUAUCAUCCCUCGCACCUUCUCAAGCUCAAAAUUACCAAUUCCAAGUCUCUGAUACCCGAGGAAUGGUCAGACGACGAAGUGGUCUCUACCCCUGAUGAUAGCAAUCGUGGAGGAUGCAAAUGCUGCCGGAGAAAACUUCAAGACAGGUACUAUCAUUGUGAUGAUUGCAAGUUCAAUAUAAACGCCACUUGUGCGUUGAAUCAACCGCCUCUCACUAUCGUCCCGAAGAAGAGCCAUGACCAUAUGGAUAGUUUCACUCUCUUUCCUAGACGUCUCGCACUGCCUUGCGAUGCUUGUGGCUUGUUACUCGACAAAGGUAAUGAUCAUGUCUAUACUUGUCUCGCAAGCAACUACAUAGCUCAUAGAAAAUGUAUCGAGGAGUUACCCAGUGUCAUUGAGAUCACCCGACACAUUCACCGUCUCAAGCACAAACCGUCUCUUUUCUCCCCGGACGUUGAUCCUGCUGAUGAAUUCUGUUGUGGAGUUUGCCGCAAACCUGUCAAUGUCAACUACGGGCAGUACUCUUGCACUAAGGGUUGCCACUAUGCUGUCCAUUCUAAAUGUGCAACGAGGAGCGAUGUGUGGGAUCUGGAAGAACUCUACGGAGUCCCCGAAGAACCUGAAAGUGAAACACAGGGAGGUGUCGAGCUGUUCCAGUGGAUUGAUGAUGAGACAAUUCUACAUUGUAAUCAUAAGCAUCAUUAUCUGAAGUAUUCUGGAGAAAACAAUGAUGUAUCCGAUGGAAACAACUUCUGCCAAGCUUGUCUCCUUCUAAUAGUGGACUCUGAUAGUGUGUAUAGCUGUAUGGAAUGCAAAUUUGUUCUCCACAAAGCAUGUGCGAUACUUCCUCCCAAGAUACCUCAUCCGCUGCACAAACACAAACUCACACUCCUUCCACUUCCUACUAAUCUCUUUUUGAUCCAGUUCAAGGUAUUUGUGGAAGGAAUGUUCAAGUGCAGUGGUUGUCACCAAAUAGGAUGUGGGUUCAUGUACCGUUGCGACAGAGAGGGUUGUAAAUUUCAACUAGACGUGAGGUGCGCUUCUCUUAAAGACUCAUUUAUCCAUGGAAGCCAUGACCACUUUCUCUUCUUAAGUUUGAACAAAGGUAAAUGCAUGAGGUGUGGCACCAACCAAUGUUCACCUUUUUACCUAGAGUGUACUAAAUGCGCUAAUUGGUUUUUGGGUCUUAAGUGUGCUAUGUUACCAAGUGUUGCCCACUACAAAUUUGAUAAGCAUCCGCUUACCCUUUGCUACGGAGAAAAAGUUGUUCGUCAGUACUGGUGUGAGCUAUGUGAAACAACAUUACAUUCAAGUGAAUGGUUCUAUACAUGUGACAUUUGCGGAGUCACUCUUCAUGUUACUUGUUUGCUGGGGAAAGAGGUAUACUUGAAGCCCGACCAUACCAUCAAAAUAAAUGAUAAAAAGGUCGACAUUGUGCGCAACAGUUUUAACCCGCGGCCAUUUUGCGGUAUUUGUACCGAUCGUUGUGUGGAUACAUUGGUAUUAUCCAUACAAGAUUCAAAUAAAUAUUGUUGUACUUUGAAAUGUACGCAAAAAUUAUUGGACAGAGAGAGACGAGGAAAAAAAAGCAUAACAGAAGAGUAA